AUGAAUGGAAAGACGAACGGCGAUCAGUUGGAGUCGACUAAUAAUAAUAUAAUAGAACAAGACCGAGGUGGACUUGUGCAGGACAAUUCAAAUUCAAAUACGCAGGUAGUAAAUCCACAAACAGAAAAUGCGGAAUGUGAAAAUAGCAAUGAGUCACAAUUUUUAAAAGACGCGUCUGGUAUGAGACGUCGCCGCAUAUCGUCAAUACAUAUUCCACCAAAAUUAUCAAAAUCUGCGAAUAGCUCCUCAGAAUCAUCAAUGUCUUCAACUUCUGCAGGAGAAGGCAGUAGCGGCACUAAGAGCAUCAAUAAUAGUACCAACAUAAACGGGGCUUCAGAGUACGAAUGUAAUAUUUGUUUUGAUACCGCUUCUUCACCCGUUCUCACACUGUGUGGACAUUUAUUUUGUUGGCCUUGUCUUCAUCAAUGGUUAGAGGCACAGGCUCAAAAUCCCUUAUGUCCG